AUCGCGUGGACAAUACCAACGGACACACGAAAAAGUAAAAAACAACCCCUUAGGGCUUUGAAAAGCCAGCAUGCAGUUUUGGGUGUUAAGUUUGGUGAUCGUGUCUGUUUUCGGAAAGUUGCUACUAGCACUUCACCAAACAGCCAUUGAUGGUCCGUUUCGAGUGGAUGAGGAGGAUGCUUACUUGAGUGUGCCACAGUUAAUUUGGAAGUAUGGGUAUCAUGUGGAAAUCCACGAGAUACAAACGGAGGAUGGCUAUCUGCUUGAUCUGUACCGUAUCCCUGGCCGUAGAGCUGCUUCUGGGCAACCCCCUCUACGACCGUAUCGUAAUGCGCCAGUAUUCCUGAUGCACUCGUUGUUAAGCAGUUGUGCCGAUUGGGUGUUGAUGGGCCCAGGACGAGGUCUAGCCUAUCUACUCGCAGACAGUGGUUAUGAUGUGUGGAUGGGCAACGCUCGCGGUACACGCUACUCGCGCAAACAUAUCCGCCUAAAUCCCGAUCGUUCGAGCAAAUUUUGGCAGUUUACUUGGCACGAAAUCGGUCUGUAUGAUGUGCCAGCUAUGAUCGAUCAUGUGCUAAAUGUGACCGGCUACCAGCGGUUGCACUACGUUGGGUUCUCCCAAGGAACGAUGGUGUUUUUCGUGAUGCUCUCGAAGCGUCCUGAGUAUAAUGGAAAAGUGAUCGACGUGCAGGCGAUCUCUCCAUCCGUUUACAUGUACCGACUGAAGGGCCGUUUAGUACGUUCGAUUGUUAAACAUGCAGAUCAGCUGGUUUACGGGCUGCGAACCUCUGGAUGGAACGAAAUUCUCCCACGAAGUCAAUUCCUUGCCCCGCUGGCCCAAAUAGGAUGUGCCAACUCGAACGUCACCUUCUGCCGAGAGCUGCUAUACGAUGUGGCUGGAAAGAAUCCUACUCAGGUAGACGAUAAACUUUUGCGAGUUUUCCUGGGCCAUUUUCCAGCCGGAGCAUCCUUGCGCCAAUUGCAUCACUUUUCACAGAUCAUCCGGACAGGACGAUUCGCGGAAUAUAGUCGAGUUACUGAACUGAAGCAAUCACUAGCAUAUCGUGAGCCGCUGCCACCGCUCUAUAAUCUUAGUCGAGCAAUUCUUCCGGUAGUGGUCUAUUAUGGAAUUAACGAUCACGUUGUUUACUACCGGGACGCACUACAACUAGCAGACGAGGUUCCUAACCUAGCUGCUGUUUACCAGAUUGAAGAUCCACUGUUUACCCACAGCGAUUUCAUAUUAGCCAAAAAUGCUGCACGAUUGCUUAAUACUAAGGUGUUGUGGGAAAUCGAGAAAUAUGACCAACAUUCCUAUAACAGCAAGGAUAACUCCCGGUACUAAAAGUGCCCGCCAAGCUGCUUAGCAAUCAAUCAGUAAUCAACCCCUCCGUUGCCAAAGGUCCGCACUAUGGAGAACCAAGUAUUAUUUUUUUGCACCAGCUAAAACAUGCUCUACAGUCGUCGUCUACAGCGUCGGCACUGUAAUGCAGGUACAUGACUACAAUUUACUUACUAAAUACUCACUUGCAGUACAGCGGUAGCUUUACCUAGUAAACGGAACGUAAUGAUCUUGAUGUAAAUCGUAUUCCAUCGCUGAUACGAUCACUAAAUGAUGGUUUUACUUUUCUGUAAGGAGUACGCUGCCAGCGAUACAAUAUAUGAGAUGAUUAAUUAUCAGGCCGAAACCACCGCUGGCGAUUGUACGUUACGGUUCCUAACCAGACGAAUGCAAGCCAAGUUAUUGAUAUCUGACAAAAUGCUACAUGCUGUGCUCCUCAUAUGAGUUAUGUGCCCUUGGGUCAUCUGCAAAGCUAAAUCAGCUGUCAGCAAAAUAAAAUUCAAUGUCAGCUUUCAGAGGCUUAGAUACCAGAAACAAGAUACCAGGCACAGAUGCCCUUAGUUUGUAAAUUGUAAGUUAUUAAAUGAAAAAGUAACCGCUUUUUAUUGUGCUAGAUAAUUUACGUAUACGAAUAGGACAGGAUGGAUACACUGUAGUUUCAACUUUGUGUUUGAGAGUUUAUAUUGCUUUACUGAUUGCUACAAAUGAAAUUGAAUGGCCAGCUCAUAAUAAGUAGCAUAA